AUGAGUUUACCAUUAGAAUAUGAAGUCACCUUGCCAGAUGGCAAAAAGUUCAACCAGCCAUCGGGGUUAUUCAUUAAUAAUGAAUUCGUUAAAUCCAAGCAAGGCAAGACAUUGGAAUCUAUAAAUCCAGCAACUGGAGAAGUCAAUGGAAGUGUAUACGCGGCGACUGAGGAAGAUGUAGAUAUUGCGGUGAAAGCAGCAAGGGCUGCUUUCCCUGCUUGGAAAAAAGUUACUGGUGUCGAAAGAGGUGAUCUUCUUUUUAAAGUUGCAUCGUUCUUAGAAAGAGAUCGUGAAUUAUUAGGUUCCAUUGAAGCUUGGGAUUCUGGUAAAGCCAGAGAUAGUAAUGCAGUUUAUGAUAUUGAUGAGGCGAUCUCUUGCUGCAAGUAUUACGCAGGAUGGGCUGAUAAAAUACAAGGUAAGGUAAUCCAAAAUGAUCCAAAGAAGCUCGCUUACACCGUUCAUGAACCAUAUGGUGUUUGUGGCCAAAUUAUUCCUUGGAAUUAUCCAAUUGCUAUGGCUGCAUGGAAGUUGUUUCCAGCUUUGGCUGCAGGUAAUGUUGUUGUUUUAAAAACUUCUGAGAUCACUCCAUUAUCACUCUUAGUUGUCGUCAAAUACUUCAAAGAAGCUGGAUUCCCUGCUGGUGUUGUCAAUGUUUUAUCAGGUUAUGGUAGAGACUGUGGAAAUGCUUUGGCGUCUCACUUGGGAGUGGACAAGAUUGCGUUUACUGGUUCUACUGCUACUGGUAAGAUGGUCCAAAAGGCUGCUGCUUCUAAUAUGAAAGCCGUCACUUUGGAGUGUGGUGGUAAGUCACCAUUAAUUAUCAGGGAGGACGCUGACUUAGAUCAGGCAUCUAAAUGGGCAGCUGUUGGUAUCAUGUACAACCAGGGUCAAGUUUGUACUUCUACAUCUAGAGUUUAUGUCCAUGAAAAAAUCUAUGACGAAUUUUUGAAAAUAUUUGCAGACCAUGUUAAGAAAGAAUACAAACAGGGUUCUAUGUUUGACUCUGAUGCUGUCGUCGGACCUCAAGUCUCUCAACGUCAGUUUGAAACUAUUUUGAAUUAUAUUGAUAUCGGUAAAAAAGAAGGUGCUAGGGUUGUUUUAGGUGGAGAGAGAAAUGACUCGUCUGAUUUGUCCAAAGGUUUUUUCAUCAAACCAACUAUAUUCGCUGAUGUUCAGCCUGAGAUGAGAAUUGUCAAUGAGGAGAUUUUCGGUCCUGUCGUCAGUGUUGGCAAAUUUUCGACCGACGAUGAAGUCCUUAAAUACGCUAAUGCUACCCAGUAUGGUUUAGGUGCUGCAAUUUUCACCAAGGAUAUAACCAAGGCGCACCAAAUGGCUUCGGAUAUUGAAGCUGGAAUGGUUUGGAUCAACUCUUCCAAUGAUUCUGACGUCCACAUUCCUUUCGGAGGUGUUAAAUUAAGUGGUGUUGGAAGAGAAUUAGGUGAAUAUGGUUUAUCAACGUACACACAAGCAAAGGCUAUUCAUGUUAAUUUAGGGUCUGUUUUGUAG